AUGUCUUACCGAGUCUUUGAGAGUUCUUCUAUCGCCAAGGAUUACGCCCUCUACCGUCCAUCUAUUCCUGAUGAUGUCACAGAUGCUAUCAUUGGCAAACUAAAACUUCAGAAAUCAGACGAUCACGAAUCCUUAGUGGUCGACAUUGGCUGUGGGUCUGGUCAGUUUACUCAGAGUCUCGCUAGACACUUCGACCGCGCCAUCGGGUAUGAUAUCAGUGUAGCCCAGAUCGACGAAGCGCGGAGUCAGAACCAGAGAAAGAACUUUGUACUUCAAAAUCGAGCAUUGUUGUAUUGGCUAAGCAAUUACAAGUCCUACUCUAUAAUUAUUUCCGAAUAUUUGUUAUUUCCGACCCUUUAUAGAAUUUCAUCAGCUGAGAAGAUUCCUUUGGAAUCCAAGACGGUAGAUGUGGUAGCCGUCUCUCAAGCCGCACAUUGGUUUGAUUUCUCAGCCUUCUGUCUGGAAGCUGACCGUGUUCUACGACCAGGAGGACACGUCGUGAUCGUAUCUACCAUAAGGAAGACGUUACACCAUGAUGAUCCCGUCAUGGAAACCAAGAUCAACGAAUGUAAUGAUAGAUACAUGAGUAUUCUAGAUACCUAUCGGCUCGUCAGUCAUGAUGAUCUAGAUAAGUUCUACAUAAACCUCAAGAGUCAUUAUCCUGAGACAAUAAGGGAGACCAUUGGAGUAAACGUUCAGUAUUCGCCUGUUGAUUAUCUGAAUCUGACCAAGACUAUGAGUUACUCUUUCAAAUACAAGCAAAAUAAUCCAGACGGUAAUUUGUUCGAAAAAUUUCAGAAGAGCCUUGAGGACGUUAUGGAAACCGGAGGAGGAGCCACAGAUGGACGAUUCCGAGUCACUUUCUGGCAUGAUAUAUCCAUUGGUCAGAAAGGAAUAUCGUGA